AUGCAGCUACCGAUGGACUGGGACUUCAACAGCAGACCCAUGGCCAUCACGGAGCCUCCGUUGGCUCGCUCGCCCGAACCGUCGUCCCACGCCACGAGGGAAGAUUUUGGCCAUGGGCCACCACCUCUUCCCAAGUGGCCCAUCCCCAUGACGGCGUCUUCGCGAAGCUUGUCUUUCGGCUCUUUGUCCACCCAUCACAAGGUUGUCAAGUGCGGCAGAGGGAAGCAUUCAGACGUCGAGCUCAUUCCGCAGCCGAGCGAUGACCGGCAUGAUCCAUUGAAUUGGCCGCGCUGGCGCAAAGACUUGAACCUCAUCUCCCUCCUCGCCACCGUCGGUCUCGUCGGCGCCAUGAAGACGGCCUUUGUCACCACCAGCGGAGCCAUGGCCACUCAGUACAACGCCUCGUACACGGCCAUUGCCGCUCUGACGUCCGUCCCCGUCGUCUUGUCUACCGUCACCGGCCUUGCCAGCUCCAUGAUCGCCAAGCUCUGGGGCAAGCGGCCCAUGUAUCUCGCUUCGGCCCUACUCCUUCUCGCCGGCUGCAUUUGGACCUCGGCGGCCGGCGACAGCUUCGCCUCCUGUAUGGGCUCCCGCGUGCUCCAGGGCCUCGGCUGGGGCGCCUUCGACACCCUGGUGCUGGGCUCCAUCCAAGACACGUACUUUGAGCACGAGCGUAAUCUGCCCGUCUCCUUGUACAACAUCUUCACCAUUGCCACCACGUGGGGGUCUCCCCUCAUUGGCGGCCUGAUAUCAAACACCUCCGGCUCCUUCACCACUCAGUUCCGCAUCAUCAGUGGGCUCCACGCCCUCUCGCUUCCCUUACUAGCCUUGGGGUCCCCCGAGACGGCUUUUGACAGGUCCCGAUUGCCCGUCAUGGCCCCGUCCCCCGGAUUCGGCACGAGCGUCAGCCGCGGCGGCGCCGACGACGGUGACUCGUGGUCGUACUGUCUCCGCCAUCACAUCAGCGUGGACCGGGCGACGGGCUAUGUCAAAGGCGUGCUCAACCCACCGCCCUUUAAAGGGCCCAAGACGCUGCCCACGGCGCUGCAGGCUCCGCGGGCCCUCAUCGCGCCGACGACGUGCCUGCUCUUCGCCCUAUCCUCGAUCCCGCACGGCGCGCUCUGGGGCUUCGCCACCUCGGUCGCCCUCUUCACCGCACCCCCGCCCCUGGCCUUGGGCCCGGCCAGCAUCGGCGCCCUCAUGGUCGGCCCCUGGAUCAUGGCGACGGCCGUGGUCGGCGGCUGCUGCUUUUACCGGGGCUUCCACCAAAAGUUCACCCGGCGCGUCAGCUACGCCAUCGUUGCCGUCGGCACCUUUCUCGUCCUCAUCGGCCUGCUCUCCUUUGGCCUCGGCCUCCACAACUUCAUGACGCUCGACCGGCACCGGCCCCGCGGCCCCGCGGGCCCCUUCUCCCUCGCCCUCGCCUUUUUCACCCCGCAGGCCGCCCGCCAGCUCAGCCUGCCCCUGCUGUCCUUCCAGCUCGGCGUCCUGGCCGCAGGGCUACACGUCCUCGACACCACGACGCGCCCGCUCCUCGUCCGCUCCGCCUCCUUCACCUCGUCCAGCAUCGCCGUCGCCCACCGCAGCAUCGGCGACAUGCACGCCGGCGUCAUCAUCCUGCGGAACCUCGCCGCCGCCGUCUUCGUCGCCGCCAUGCCCGCCGCCAUCACCCACGUCGGCGGCCUCAAGGCGGCCGCCAUCGGGCUCGCCGUCGCUCACGCGUGCCUCGCCGCCGCCAUUGUCGCCCUCUGCUGGUUCGGCGACGAGGCCGUUUGGAGGGCCGACGGCAGGGUCAUGGGUCUGGUUGACCUGCGGCUGCUCAAGCAGUCGGUCAGCUUUUUCGAGCACGACUGA